UGCAGCGGUCUCCCUGUAACCAUCGUUGAAAAGAUCUUUCCUCUUUGAGCAACACUUAGAAACGUUACUCAAUCUGGUAUUGUUGUCUCUGCCAUGGAAUGUGCGCUCUACAGACAGUUGGUACAGAUGGUCAAUGUGUUGUCACUUUACAACACCAACCACUGACACUCCUCCUAUAACGUACUUUUCUGCCAGAAGACGUUCGCUCAUAAUUUGCAAAGACCAUUACAUUGAAAGAAAGGAUUCACCUGUUCUUUGCCUCGACAGAAGCCAAGUUUCAAGAUGGAUCCUGUGUCACUCAUGAUGUCAACGCCCAAAUCAGAGAGACAUUUGACAUUUUUCUGGGAAUUUACACAUCCGCAAUCUAAAUUUGAUGAUUCCACCAGCAACUUCUGUCAGUUUUUGGAUAUGGAUGUUUCUCGUGAGACCACCAACAGAAGCACUUCAUGUGAACUCUUCUCGGAGUGUCGGCACAGUCCACGUUUACUCACCAAUGGCUAUUAUAUUUGGAACGAAGGUAGCUGCUUGUGUAAUACAGAUGCCAACGUCUCCAUCAGCCCUGCAAAGCUGAAGGUGCCUUAUAAAGAAACAUUAGUAAGAAUUUUUCCGAAGAGGAGGAGAAGAAUGGACUUGAGGUUUUAUGACACCCAAGAAGCAGAGAAAUCUUUGCAAUGUGUGGAUCUACAGCAAGAAGAUGACUCUGAACACAAGAACUCUGGUACGGAAAUUGCAAAACCAUGCUGUUUAAAAUAUACAGCUGACAAUGUUGAGAAAGACAACCAAUCCCAGGGACCACCUGUGCACUUCUCAGCUGCAGAUGCUGUUUGUGGAAACAAAGAACCUAGCAGUUGGAAGAGUUAUAUCCAAACGGUGACAUUAUUUUUCUUGUGCUUCUCGAUCUCCAUGUGGGCCAGGUCCUGGUUGACUAAACUACUUGCUAAUCUGCUGACGUCUGUUAUGGUCCUCAGUAUUAUCUGUUUUGCAUUUCCACAUCCAGGACAUAAAAGGCCAUCUCAAAUUAACCAAAAUGUCAACCAUGAAAUGCUGCCUCCUGCACCUGACAUUCAUAUGGGAUUCAUGACAUCAUCAAGCUCCAAACUAAAGACCUAAUGAAUGGGAUUAUUUACCAAUUCUUCAUAUAUAUCUUCUGUCAAAUUCCUGCUUCUGUUAUUCUUUCCAA